AACACAAACCAUCCGAGCUGGACAGAAUAUCUGAAAGCACGCGGAGUUCCCAAGCUUCCAUCGCCAACAAGUGAGGUUCCAAACUCUCAGCAGCAGCAACAGCAGGACGUACAGCCGGAUGCCCGUCAUGGAGCGCGCGAUGCCCUUGCCAAAGUUGCACCUGCGGGAAGGAAGCAGCCCUUCCAGAGCAGGAGACCGGAGCCCGCGCAGCCAGCGGAGAGUACCCUCGCCGCUGCGCAACGCCAAGUUCCGGCCCCUGGCCAUGGAGUACGCCGAAGUUCCCCAGCCUACGUCUUGCAAGUACUUCAACGGGGUAGAUGAUGACGAGGAAGUGACCCAGAGCGAGUUCUGCGCGCACGUCCGGACUGUCGGGUACUCCACUGUUGGCGGCAAGCCAUUCAUGUCCGGCAAGUGCCCGCACUGCCACCGCUACGUCAAGUCCGACAACCAGGUCUGCACCCCCAACGCCACCCCGCCGCAGUCUCCCUGGAAGAAGACCCUCAACAACCUGCAGUCCCCGCUGCGCUCGCCCCUCCGCACGGGCUCCAGCCCCAAGGACGGCAGCGGCUCCAAGACCACCACCUCCCUGCAGUCUCCCUUGCGGAGCCCCUUCAAGGGCUCGUUCUUCGGCUCGAACGAGGACGACGACAAGAAAGGCAAGGCGGCGCCCACUUCCCCCAAGAAGACCAAGAAGACCGCGCCCACCGCUGCCCCUAUUGGCCCCGCCCCCGCUCCCCGCGGGGUCGGCUUGACCCGCAGCCCUCCCCGGGGAGGAGAAGCGGGCAGCCAGCCGGCGCCGUGGGCAAGGUCCAGGAGCCCGCCCCCUCGCGUCAACGGCCCGGCGGCGGCGGCGUCUGGUGCGAGCAGCCCGACUCCCCGCGCCAGCAGCCCGACUCCCCGCGCCAGCAGCCCGACCCCUCGUGCGAACAGCCCCGGCCCGCGUUCCCCAUCCCGCGGUAACAUGAGCCCUUCCUCGGGAGGUGCCUUCUUCGCCGUGGCCAACGAUACUAGCAACAACGGCGGGAGGAGCGCUAGCGGCUCCGUGGCGGCGAGAGAGAGAGGGAGGAGCCCGUCCACGCGCGGCGGCCGCGGCCGUGAGGAGGAAUGUGUUCCGUUUCGCGGGGGGGUUGGAGGAGGAAGCCCGACGCCGCGCUCGCGCUCGCGCUCGCCGGGUCCUGCUCGCAGCCCGGGGGUGGGGGUGGCGAGAUACAGCCCCGGGGGGGGGGGUAUGACCAGGGGACCGCGGAGCCCCGGACCGCGCUCUCCCCUCCGUAGCCCAUGGAAAGGGGCGUCGUUCUUCGGGGGGGGCAACGAGGACGAAGAGGGGAUGGAGCCGAGCGCCUACAGCGGCAGCAGCAGCAGCAGCACGUACGUGGCGGCGAAAUCGAGGGGAGCUCACAGUCCUGGGCCGAACGGGCCCCGCAGUCCUCUCCGGGUCAAGGUGGACUUCGUGGAUCAGCAGGAGGCGGAGGAGGAAGAGGAACGCGCUGCUACUGCGGCGGCAGCGGCGGCGUCAAGCAAGCAGGCGAAGGGCGGGUGGAAGAGCCCUCUCCGGAGCCCGUUCAAGGGUUUGUUCUUCGGUGGCAGUAGCAGCCCCAAGAAGGAUACGCAGGCGGGGGGGGUCACGAUCGGCACGGAAUAGAAGUUACAUGAUGGCGGUAAAGUUAAAGUUGUGGUAAAAAGGUGGUAGCGCGUCGUGUACUGUUGUAGUUGGCGAACAUGCAGC